GAGCAGCUGUGUGAUUUCCUGAGGAUUCCAUUUCUGGAGCUAGGGAUAAAAGCUCAUUUAUACACACAACAACCUGCAAGUCUCCAGUUUCAAUUCUUCCUCCCUUCCUCUGCCUUCCCUCCCCCACUUUGAACCAGAGAGGCCAAAUGAGGCGUGCUUUAAACAGUUUCAGGACUAAUCUGAAAGAGGAAGAAGAAUCUGUAUACACUGGCUAGCCUUUGUGCCCUGCCCUCUUUCCUCUUGAAAAUAGCAACAACUCAUCUUUUCAAAAAAGCUUUCAGGCACCCUGUGAAUGGCGUGUACUUUCAAGACCUUCCAGGGUAUUAAGAUUCAUUGUACAGCUCACUAGGGAUGAUUAGCUUUCCAAGGGACUGGUAGAUUGGAUUUACUGAAGACUUGGAACUUGCUUCUGAGAGUGAAUGCAAAAGGAUCAUAAACUGUCAACCUUGAAGUUAGCAGCCAGGAAGAAAAAUGGGACCUCAAUCAUACACUAACAAGGAAUGAAUUUUGCUAACAACUAGUGAUCCCUAGCCUCAGAUGAGGUCUCAAUUCUGGCUUACAACUUGAUUGCCGUCUGUGAGACCCUAAGCAGAAGACCCAGCUAACUUGUACCUGAACUCCUGAUCCACAGAAACUAUGAGAAACCUAGGCUUCAUCUGAUAUUACAUCAUAAGAACCACUGACCACUAACCAGAAACAUUCGUGAAGGGUACUGCAGUGCCAGAAAGAGGCACCAAGCAGACUUUCCUAGAGAAACAUGGAUGGAGUCCGAAAUCUGACAGUAUCUUCUGCCAGUAGUAGCACCUGCAAUGACACUAUUGAUGACUUCCGCAAUCAAGUAUAUUCCACCUUGUACUCUAUGAUCACCGUUGUGGGUUUCUUCGGCAAUGGUUUUGUGCUCUAUGUUCUCAUAAAAACAUAUCAUGAGAAGUCAGCAUACCAAGUAUACAUGAUUAAUUUAGCAGUAGCAGAUCUACUAUGCGUGUGCACACUGCCUCUCCGUGUGGUCUAUUAUGUCCACAAAGGAAUUUGGCUAUUUGGUGACUUUUUGUGUCGCCUCAGCACCUAUGCCUUGUAUGUCAACCUCUACUGUAGCAUUUUCUUUAUGACAGCCAUGAGCUUUUUCCGGUGCAUCGCAAUUGUUUUCCCAGUCCAGAACAUUAAUUUGAUUACACAUAAAAAAGCCAAGAUUGUAUGCAUUGCUAUUUGGAUUUUUGUGAUUUUGACUAGUUCUCCAUUUUUAAUGUCCACAUCUUACAAAGAUGAGAAAAACAAUACCAAGUGCUUUGAGCCUCCACAGGACAAUCAAGCUAAAUAUCAUGUUUUGGUCUUGCAUUAUGUGUCAUUAUUUGUAGGAUUUAUCAUUCCUUUUGUUAUUAUAAUUGUCUGUUAUACAAUGAUCAUUUUGACCUUACUAAAAAAUUCAAUGAAGAAAAAUCUAUCAAGCCGUAAAAAGGCUAUAGGAAUGAUUAUAGUUGUGACAGCUGCCUUUUUAAUCAGUUUCAUGCCAUAUCACAUUCAACGCACCAUUCAUCUUCACUUUUUACACAAUGACACUAAACACUGUGAUUCUGUACUUAGAAUGCAAAAGUCAGUGGUCAUAACCUUGUCUCUGGCCGCAUCAAAUUGUUGCUUUGACCCUCUCCUAUAUUUCUUCUCUGGAGGGAACUUUAGGAGAAGGCUAUCUACAUUUAGAAAGCAUUCUUUGUCCAGUAUGACUUAUGUACCCAAGAAGAAGACCUCCUUGCCAGAAAAAGGAGAAGAAAUAUAUAAAGAAUAGCUUAAACCCAUCUCUGAUGAUUUUCCCAAACAAGUAUUUUCUCCAGGCAUUCACAAUAAAAAUAAGAAUUUCCAUUAAUAAUUUACAAAAUACUUAACUGAGUAUGUACCUAUAAAUCUAUCUCAUUUAUGUAUCCACGUUAUUAGAGGUCCUAAAGAUAUUUUGUGUUAAAAUUUAGCCUACGUCUAUUAACUCAACUAUAAAUUUUUUUAUCAUUCACCUAAUAGUGCAGAAUAUUUGUAUCUUGGCACUGUUUUAAAAAAAUGGGUUUGAGAUCAAGGUUUUCUCCUUCAAGUAAAAGCUUUACAAAGGAUAAGAACUAGCUUUUUAAGAUAUAAAUUUAGAUAACAGUUCUCAGUGAUCCUAACAUAUCCCUUUGCAUGCAUGCCAUCAGAUGAGAACUGGAAUGAACCAGGAACUACAUAAAACGUACUAUCACCGUCUUCCUUGGUCAUAUUGACUGGCUAGGCAAAAAGGGCCAUUUCUUCCAAAAGAAAAUUUCCAAGUGUUAGAGCAGCCUAGCCUUCAGUCAAAUGGCACUAACAGCUCCAUGCAAUGUACAGUCUGGAAACUGAGGAAGAUAAACCUGAUCAAAAGCCAGUUUGUUUCCAGUUUUCUUCUGCUUCUGCCAUAAGCUUCCAAAAAAGAAUGAUGGAGUUGUUUUUUCCCGUUGAUAUAGAUUGAGGUUCUUAUAGGGACUUCUCUCCCUACAUGACAUACAACUCUUCCUUAAGAAACCAGACAACCAGCACCACCAUAUAUGAUCAGAAGUUAUUAAAAAUGUAUCUAAAGAAGAGGAAAACGGGUCUACUUUUCUACACACUUAUUACUGGGAUCAAAAUUAAUUUUGAUGUGUUUCUGAAUAAAAAUUUGAAAGUCAAUAUUAAAAAUUUUAAGAAGCACUUAUAUGUACACAUAUUUGUAAAAUUAUAUUGAGAUUUUGCUAUAUGAAUUUAUGAUUAAAAGUUAAUUAUAAGCUUU